GGGGCGCGGUGACUGCUGUAAUACAAAGCGCCAAACCAAAAGGCAUUAUUUAUAAACUAUUUGAAAACAGAAAUAAACACAAGCAGUAAAAGGUUUACAUUAUAGACAUUUUUACGUAGUCGAGGCUUUAACUUGACUACUUAUUUUUUGCAGUUUUGGUUUAUCAGAGAGCAUCACUUCACUUUCAUUUUCCUGCCAGUGCCAGUAGACGUGAUUUGCAAGAAAACGAAACUUACGAAAUAUAAAAGGAACUACGUACUAACGUUCCACCUUAAGCUUUUGUAGUAACGUUACUGUGGAUCUGAAAAUAACUGAUAAACUCGCCGGAUAAAGCUAUGUUGAGGUUAAUUUACUGUGUGAGUAUUGCAAAUGCAGUCUUAAUUGUUCCUGUUAGAUACAACUGCACUGAAGAAAUUCCAUGCACUGCUUGGAGAGAACCUAAUGUCCAGUACAGAAGAGUGUCCUGGUAUAAGGUUAACAGUGACUCAAGUCUGUCUAGCCUAAUUAACAAAAGUUUGCGCGUCAACAACAGCACUAUUUUAUACACAUCUGUGAAGAAAGCCUACAAAAUAAAUGAGAAUUGUUCUCUAACUCUGCCAGGAAUAGAAUCUGAAGAUUUGGGGAUAUAUCGCUGCUUGCUUUGGGCUCCCGUGGGUCACAAAAUGCAGAAUGGUGAUGUAAAACUGACUCUUGAAGGAAUCGAGAUAAAAGAAUUGUCUGAGAGACUUGAGUCACCAUUGUCUAUUCCAGAGAAAUCAGGAUAUAGUAAUUCAUUGCUUGGGCAUGUGGUCCUGUCAACGGUGGAGCUACCUCCAGCUCAAGCAGAUGUGGUCCUCGGUUUAACAUCACAUCUCAUAACAAGGAUGGCACACUCAGGAAUGCAGCACCCCCUUAUGCUAUACUGCAGUGACAGAAAUCAAUCUACCUGGUGUGGGAAUAGAACCUGCAACCUUCUGCACUAAAGUUUCACCACCACCAAGUAGCAGCCGCUCAACAUCUUCCUGAUCCUUUUCUAGCAUCCGCUUGGCAACCGGGGGAUUGGAUCUACGUUAAAUCCUUCUCUAGAAAAACAGCGCUCCAGUUGCGCCGGAAGGGGCCCUUCCUGGUUUUUCUAACAAUGCUGUGCGACUGCAGGGAUCUCCAACUUGCAUCCAUAUUUCACACGUCAAAAAAGUUUUGCCGUCUGAAGAUCAACAGCCUUUACCUUUUUCGAUUCCAGAUUCUCCUCCCAUUGCUACUCGUACACGCAGUAGAACUGUUCCAGUACCUGAAAAUGCCUAACAUAUACCCUUUUGGAAAACUCCAAACUUCUGACACUACGCAGACUCCACCACCAUUUCCACAAAAAUAUUGGACAGUAAUUUUGGUGGUCAUUCUUGUUGUACUGUUAUUUUUGCUGUGGCCAUUUUUAUUUCAUGCUCCAUCGACGCAUCACACCAAGCGAGCUGUUUGGCACCCACCUUUCAACACCUAUCAAGCCAUCAAAUAUGUUUAUGCUUCUACUUCUACAUUUAACAUUUCUAACUGUUGGAUCUGCACUUCCAUUCCCUCCGUACAUGGGGGGUUGUCAUUGGCUGUGGCUCCACUAAGUACCAUUGAUACAUGGACUAGUUUACUCAACAACACUGCUAACAUUACAUCCAGUAAAUCUAUUGCAUUACAACUUUCUCUCCAUCGCAAUGGCACUUUGUGUUUCCAACGAAAUUACUCAAGUUAACAUCACUGGACUCGAAAAAUGGGACAAAGUAUCUGCAACACAACAAUCGAAUACCAGUGCAAUUAUUCAGAAGGAAAACGCAUAGCCUCGGGCUGUUGAGUUUCAUUUGAUGCCAUUCAGCCAACAUUGAAAAAUGCCUCAUUACUUGAUUCUCGUAAUAUUGUAUUUCUUGCCAUAUUCCAUGGCAUAACUAUGGGCAGUGACCAUUCUUCAAAUGUUACCACCCUGGUGCAGAACUGUUAUUUUAUAUAAAUGGCUACUGGAAAACUGGUCUGGUAGCUGUUUCUUAGGUUAUUUAGUCCCAGCCAUCCGACAUACAUCUGCUUUACCUUAAAGAAAAAUUCGGAAUGUCCGAGAGGUUAAAAAGCCUGCCAAUCCAUUAGGCCAAAUUGAUGCGUCAUGGAUUUAUCAUCAUGACUUAGCUCAUGCUGGCACCAAAGGACUGUCUCAUAUGGACUUGGGUGAUGACGUCAUAUCAUGGGAUGGUAUAAUUCCAGCAUAUGGAGCAGCAAAAUCAAUGUGGGAACUGAGAAAACUGUCUAAAUUGCUUGAAGUAUUAAGCAAUGCCACAUUUUCUGCUUUAGAACUAGUGACCAAUGAACUGACUGCUAUGAGAGCUGUAGUCCUCCAAAACCAUAUGGCUCUCGAUUUCACCCUAGCGGUGAAAGGCAGAACUUGAGCUUUAAUCCAGGAGGGGUGCUGUACGUUUAUUCCUGGCAAUCAGCACGAAAUUGAAUGUCAUCUCAAACUCAUUCAGAGAGUCUCUGACCUCUCUAAGGCCAAGGAGGCCGAUAACUCAACGUGGAGUUUUGAAGUUAAUUUUAUUAAUCGUAGUAUUAGCUCUCAUUGCUUUUCUUGUUGUGUUUUUAAUCAAAGCAUUGAUUUUGAAAUUAAUGACUUUUAAGACUACUAAAAAGGUGCCAAAGUUUUAUAUGCCUGCAGUUAUGUAUAUGGAUGAUGAAAUAAAAAUAUGUGACGAUAUUGAAGGAACUAGCCACAUGGUUAAGUUAGACUUAGGGCAAAUGUAUGAUAGACUAAAUGGUGAUGCUUACACAGCAUCAAAUGGGGGAUUGUAGAAUAUGAAUGGUCAAAGCAUGUGUUCAAGGAGAUUGAGUAUGUGAAAACCUGUAUGUAUCGAGAUGAACUUUGUACUACGAACUUUGAGUAAACUGUAAAUAGUGGAAAAGUACUGAAAAACAAGAGCCUGUUUAAAAGCAGGAAAUGUGCCUUAUAUG